AUGGGUGAGAGUCAGUCUGAUUUUGAGACCGAGCAACCCCGCACUCGGCAUAGAAAGUCUGCGCCCCCAGAGCCUAUAAUUGAAUCCUCCUCGGAGAGCGGUACCAGGCAUUACCUCGCACCAGUCACCUCACGGCCGGACUCUAGAAUCGCCGGCUCGUCCAUCUCAUCGGUUGAUUACCAUGAAAGGCCACUAUCCCUUCCAGACGGUCGCAACACUAUUCACAGCCCACGUGCACCUCUAGAAGGAUACUUUGCGCAUGAAUCGCCAGAAACCUUCUCCGUCGCAAGCCUUCACCAGCCCCUCCGUGGCACUGCUAGCUCAGACCAUAUAAGGUUGAGCGACCCUACACCCACCGAUCCCGGCCGACUCUCGCCCCGUUUCCCGCCGUAUCCCCCGCCUGUCUCUCCGCAUCGCCAACCCCACGUUUCAUCCCCGCGAUACAGUCCGUCCCUGCCUUCUCCGACCCCUCGUACGCCGCCAUCUCGCGGCCGUUCUGAGGAGCGUACCUACGCUCAAGAACUGCAUCUCCGCUCCCGAAGUCCCAAAGCCUUUGCGCCGCGGCCCGAAGAGCGCCACCUUCCGAAGCAUGACCCCACCGAUCCCGCUUUCAACCUAGGUGCCUUCCGAUCAUCAAAUCCCCGCACAAGUCGCAUUGGUGACCAAGAAUUACCCUGGAAAAUCACCAUCCCAGGCGACGACGACGACGAGGCAGCGACGAGUACAUCGGUUUCCUGGAGCCAUGAAACUGAGGGCGUCCUCAAUGGCACCGGCACUGGCACAGAUACCAGCACCCGAUUGCCCACCUACCAAGAAGACGAAGAAGAACACGGUCCUUCCAAAUUCCAACCGCAGGACGAGAAACAGGGUCAGCCCAUCCCUCACCCUUCAUCAGCGUCCGAACCCACUCCGCCACAAGCACAGCCCAAUACCACCACUCCCGAUCAUCCGCACCGCAGCGGCGCGCGCACGAUCAAUGCAUUACAAGGCCCGGUUGAGCUACCCGCCCGCACGGACGACAAUUCCAGUGAGGAAAUCAUGAUGUCCAGCACUGCAUAUCCGGGCCAGGAAUGGCGCCCUCUCGGAUUUUCCGAGUGGGAAGAUCAGUGA